GGGCCGGGCUCACCAUGGCCGUUCCGCCGGUCGCCGCGACGCGCCCGAAGCGGGCGGAUUCUCCGUCUCAAGCGGUGGUCGCGAGACACAGCUCAUCUACUGAUGGAGCAGCUCCCCGGGAAGAAGGACCUGUUCAUUGAAGCAGAUCUGAUGAGCCCCCUGGACCGAAUCGCCAAUGUCUCUGUUCUCAAGCAACAUGAAGUGGACAAGCUGUACAAAGUGGAGAACAAACCCAUCGUUAGCACUAGUGACCAGUUGUGCUUCUUAGUCCGGCCACGGAUCAAGAACAUGAAGUACGUUGCUGAUAUUGUCAAUGCUGACAAGGCGAUGGGGAGGAGCCGGAAGUACAAGAUUAUCUUCAGCCCCCAGAAGUUUUACAUCUGUGAGCUGGUGCUGGAGGAAGAGGGAAUCUAUGGUGAUGUGAGCUGUGACGAGUGGGCCUUCUACCUGCUCCCCCUGGAUGAAGAUCUCCUCAGCAUGGAGCUGCCUGAGUUCUUCCGGGAUUACUUCCUGGAAGGGGAUCAGCGCUGGAUCAGCACAGUCGCACGAGCUCUGCAGUUGCUGAACUCCCUCUUUGGGCCUUUCGCUAACACCUAUGGGAUUGGCAGGUGUGCCAAGAUGGUCUAUGAGGUGUGGCGAGAGCUGGUGGAGGAGAGCGAGGGUGACAGCCAAGCCAGGAGGCCUGAGAUCAGUCAUGUCUUCCUCAUGGACCGAGAUGUGGAUUACGUCACGGCGCUCUGCUCCCAGGUGGUGUAUGAGGGGCUGGUGGAUGACACGUUCCGCAUCAAAUGUGGGAGCGUGGAUUUCGGGCCAGACGUCACCUCCUCUGACAGGAGCUUCAAAGUGCUGCUCAAUGCCCAGGACAAGGUGUUCAGUGAGAUCCGGAACGAACACUUCUCCAACGUCUUCGGCUUUCUGAGUCAGAAGGCACGGAACCUGCAGACGCAGUACGAUCGCCGCCGUGGGAUGGACAUCAAGCAAAUGAAGAACUUUGUCUCCCAGGAGCUGAAGGGGUUAAAGCAGGAGCACCGCUUGCUGAGCCUGCAUAUUGGCGCCUGCGAGUCCAUCAUGAAGAAGAAAACCAAGCAGGAUUUCCAGGAGCUGCUAAAGACUGAGCACUCUCUCCUGGAGGGGUUUGACAUCCGCGAGAGCACCAGCUACAUAGAAGAGCACAUUGACCGGCAGGUCUCCCCCAGCGAGAGUCUGCGCUUAAUGUGCCUCCUGUCGGUCACGGAAAAUGGGCUGAUCCCUAAAGAUUAUCGCUCCCUGAAAACCCAGUACCUCCAGAGUUAUGGGCCUGAGCACCUGCUGACCUUUCAUAACCUCAAGCGCAUUGGGCUGCUGACAGAGCAGGCCCCAGGGGAGACCCUGACUGCCGUGGAGAGCAAAGUCAGCAAGCUGGUGACCGACCGAGCAGCAGGGAAACUCACGGACGCUUUUAAUUCUCUGGCCAGGAAGAGCAAUUUCCGAGGCAUAAGCAAGAAACUGGGCUUGAUCCCCCGUGUUGAUGGUGAAUAUAACCUGAAGGUGCCCCGAGACAUGGCUUAUGUCUUCAGUGGGGCCUAUGUCCCCCUGAGCUGCAAGAUCAUUGAGCAGGUACUGGAGCGCAAGGGCUGGCUGGGCCUGGAGGAGGUGGUGCGCCUGCUGAACGGCAAUGAGUUUGCUCCUACAGAACCGGUCAUGGAGGAGAAUCCCGCCUGGGAGGCGCAGCGUGUCAUCCUAGCAGUCUUCCUGGGAGGCUGCACCUUUUCUGAGAUCUCUGCUCUCCGAUUCCUGGGGAAGGAGAAAGGAUACAAGUUUAUAUUCCUGACGACAGCCAUCACAAGCAGCGCCAGGCUGAUGGACGCCAUGUUAGAGGCGAAGGUGUGAGGCAGGGGUGAGCCACGGCCCUGGCAGAACAGCUUGUGCCAGCCAGGGUCACAUUCCACAGUGGACACUGCCCAGGCACUGCACAUAUGACACUGGAGCGUUAUACAUCAGCAGCCGGAGCAGGGCAGACACGGAGCCCAUCCUGCCAUGAGCCUCCCUUGGGUUUCCCGAAGGCUGCAGAUUGGGGUUUAAAUGGAUGAAGAGACCUUCAGUGGUUGUGGGGGGAGUGUCUCUGGGGAGGCUAGAAGAGGGAAGAAGCUGUUGUUUCUCCAAUCCAAACCCAGCAUGUUUGAGUCUCUGCCAUGCUUCAGGCCCCUGGGGCCACUAUCCAGGCAAGUCCCUGUGCAUCGUGUAUUGGUGCUUCUACCAUUGGGUCAGUGGCUUGUUAAGGGACCUCACUGGCCUUUUGGGUUCUUAUUUUGGGUUUUGUGCCCUGACUCCCACCCUUGGCUGCCUUCUCGUCCCUGGACAGAUGUGUCAGUACUUGGGGCCAUGGGUGAAGCCACGGGCGAUGCCAAGCUGUUGGCAGCACUGCUUUCUUCCCCCACCGAGGCCUGUUCACCUGGAGAAGUGAAUAGGCAGAGGGAGCUGGCUUCUACUGGACUCACAAAUGAAAAUGAAUUGCAUUGUUACCUGAAUUUUAAAUGCAUGUUCAUUCACUUCACAGAACAGCCUACCUGUUCUGGCACCAAACACAACCAGCUCUAGUCUGGAUUGAUGGACUGACGGGGAAAGGAGUGGGCCAGCGGGGGUGCUUAGGGGUAGGCUGGAGGUGCAGCAACAGAGGGGUGUGAGUGGAGUUGGGGCUGGGAUUUGAAUAGCAUAGGAUUGCGCUGGCAGAAGUGUGUGAUAGUGGUACAUUGAUCUGUACCAUAUAAAAUAUAUUUGGUCAGCCUUU